UUUUUAUAGAGAGAGAGAAGAAACAGUAGAGAGAGUAAAAAGUAGAGAGAGAGUUGGGGAGCAAAGAUGGCAUGGAGAGGGCAUCUGUCUCGCAACCUCAAGGAACUCCGUGUUCUCUUCUGCCAGACAUCGCCUGCUAGUGCUUCUACAAGAGAAUUUGUUCAGAGGAAUUAUACAGAUUUGAAGACGCUGAACCCCACUUUUCCUAUUUUAGUCAGAGAGUGCAGUGGAGUUGAACCUCAACUCUGGGCUCGAUAUGAUUUUGGUGUUGAGAGAUGCGUUCGGUUGGAGGGGCUGACAGAAACCCAGAUCACCAAGAAACUCGAGGAGCUUGUUAAAGUAGGAGCUGGUCUUAGAGCCUGAUAUUGUGGGGCUGUUCUCUCACUUGGGUACGUUGAAUCAAUAAUCUGAGUUUAUUCUUGGUCAAAUUUGGUGAGCCAGUGGGCACGGGAUGGUACAAUUUUCCUUUGUAAAAUGCAGUUCUCCAAAACUAUAUAUAACUCCUGGGAUUUGGCAUCUUUACCUGGAAUUCUUCUUCAAUUUGUUACCCUAUGAGCAUUAUGCGUUAACCUAGAAAGCUCUUUGUUCCUUGGGUUGAUAAAAUAAUGCUAUAGUCUUUUCUUUUAGGGUAAGUUACACAGAUCUUUGAAUUUUCA